AUGUGGCACCUCCUUUGGCCUUCUGUCCUCCUGGGAUUGUUUUUCAACAUUUGUCCAGCAUGCCCCCUGGAAAUUCAGAAGGAAAAGAACCACUACCACGUCGCCAGGGGGUCAAGUAUCCAGCUACCCUGUGCGUACACUCAUACCGUGGACUCUCAGCAGGACACGAAGAUCUUGUGGAGUAUCGUGUCUGCAGACCGAUACGAGCAGCCCAUCAUUUGGUUUACAGGCGACCGCUUGUAUUCUGAUUUGUACAAACCAAUGGAGGGGAGGGUCAACUUCACAUCAGCGGAUCCCCAAAAUGGAGACGCGUCUAUCAAAAUCCAAGAUGUACGUCUGUCAGACAUGAAGAUUUACCGCUGUAUGGUAAAGAAGUUACCCGAACUGAAACUGAAGACCUUUGAGCUGACGGUCAUGGAGGCACCAAGUCAGCCUCUGUGCAGUGUGGAUAAAGAAGAGAACAGUAUGACACUGAAAUGCAGAUCAAUGCACGGCACCCCACCUUUGCAUUACAUCUGGUCCAAGACCAGCGGAAAUAAGGUCUUGCCUAUUCAGGCCACUGUGGACCCCACAGGAGCCACCUUGCAUUGGAACAUCACCGAGCGGGAGUGUGGAAGCUAUCGCUGCACAGUGGAAAGUAUGGUGGGCACCAAACACUGUGACCUUCACCUCAACUGUUCGCUGCCCCGUGACAGCAAUGUGGGCAGUCCACUAUUAAUGACAACCACUGCAGUCAUUGCUAUCGUCGUCGCUGUCACCACGCUCUUCGUUGUUACAGUUGUCCUUGCCGUACUCCUCUACCGCAAAGGAAAAAAGCAAUCCAAGGACAUUAAUAUCGCAAUGUAA